UGCUCGAGCGUCCACAGGAAUUAACCUCUCCUUGUGGUGCUUCAUUUGUUUUCUUCAUUUUCAACUCCCCUUUACGGGAUAUGUGAGUUUUUAGCUAGCUAAUCGGCUAGUUGUUAUCGUUGUAUUUUCACGUCGUGUUGACGAAUCUUUUUUUUGGGGGGGGGGGGGGUCGUACAAAUAACGAGUCUCAUUUGCUCUGGGAUAAAAAAGCUAACAACGAGAGGUAAAAGCUUGUUGUGCAAUUGUUUCUGAAGCCACGCUUCACCACCAUCAUUUCCUCCUGCCAGGUGAGCGAAGUGACCAACAGUGCAUUAAGGUGUGUCAUAAAUGGAUUUCCAUGGAGAAGUUGUUUGCUAAGCUCUAUAAAAAAUAAAAGACUGAAGAAACUGAAGGCCCACAAGAAUAGCCACAGAUGUAGUCGCUCGACAGCCAACAGCCAUGUCCAUUGAAUACACCAUUGACAUCCAGCUAACAGAGUUGGGAUUUCCGGACAUUCUGCAGCCGCGGGAGACCUCGGUUAGAGAAACACCCUGUCGCUCCACAUCAUCUAAUGACUCACCCAGUCACUCUCCCACUACACUUUCAACUACACACAAACAAAGGCUGCUGAUCGGAGGCCAGCAGUCAGUUGAUGGUAAAGAAGCAGGUGCAGCAAAACAGACCUCAAAUAUUGAACAAACCACAGUGGUGUCUACGUCACCUCUGUCCGAGACAUUACCUUGUAGUCCCCUAAAUCCUGCACAAAGUCUACAAGAUGAGCAAAGUGGCAAAGGCACAGCAGUUCUUGAAUUGUCAGAGGCCACAGUAAAUGAUCUGACCGCUGGACCAGAAACCGCAGACCUCCCACAGCUAAUAACUGAACAGGAUGACGAUAGAGAGACAGAUGUUGACGACGGAGACACUGCACGAGAGGAUUCAACAGAGGUGCAGCAGGAUGUGGAGGAUGACUCUGAUGACAGUGAGGUUUCAGAGGUGUAUGAGGAAGAAGAGGUUGAUGAGGACGAGGAUGUUGAGGAUGAGGAAGGACUGAACAAUGAGUCGAGUCAUUCGGGCGACUGCCGCUGCAGUGUCUGUGAUCUCCAGCUGCCCUCCAAAUUCAAGCUCCAGGACCACAUGAACCUGCACACUGGAGCACGCCCGUACUGCUGUGCUGAAUGCGGAAAGCGCUUCUGCCAGAUUUACAGCUACCGUGUCCACCUGCGCACGCACGCCCAGACCAAAGUGGAUCGUCUCAUGUGCCGUGUGUGUCUGAGGGGCUUUGCAUCACAGGAAGAUCUGAAAGACCACUUGUCAAGAACUCACUUUGAGAAUGAGUUUUAUGAGUGUGACCUGUGCAAACGUGUGUUUACUUCCCUGAAGGCGUGUGAAUAUCACGUGCAGUUACACAAAUGCAUGCUGAACGUUAUGUGUGAAGUAUGUGGCCGCAAUUUCUCCUCUCCGAAAUCCCUUGCGCGCCACCGGAAGAAGACGUGCCAUCGCAAUUUUAAAUGCACAGACUGCACAAAGACCUUUACUAAGAAGAAUGCUCUCCUGAAACACAGCUUCUCUCAUCUUGGUUUGUUGCCUUACACUUGUGUACGAUGCCGCUGCCACUUCCGCCUGGCAAAGCUGUACCGCCAACACAAGUGUGAACCCGAACGCAUUCACUGCGUGGCGUGUCUAAGGGAGUUUCUCAGUCAGGAGGACUUCCAGCAGCACAAAAAGGACACAGGCUGCUGGGGCAAUCAGGAGCCUAAAGGGGAUGAGAUCAGAUGUUUGGAGUGUGGAGAGAGAUUUGACACUUCAGAAGAGCUGAAGAAACAUGCUGGGGCUCACCAGAGGGUGCUGAAAUGUGCCGACUGUGGAAAGGGGUUCCGGUCUGCCUUGCUGUUAAUGUCCCACAUGGGCGGUCAUGCCGGCAAGUCACCCUGCCUUUGUCAGAGCUGUGGACUGGGCUUUCCCCACCAGCAAAACUAUGACAGCCACCUUAAGACCUGUGGACAAACACCCCAGCCUGUGAGUGCUCCCAAAAAACGCCAGGCCUCGAAGAGCUCUUCAUCGAAGACAAAAAAGCUCAAUGCAAAACCAGACUCAUGGAAUCCAACAAACACAGUCACCAAGCCUGCUGUACCAGUGAAAGAUUCUUGUAGUCUAGGACUUGUGACAGGGGGUGUGUCUGCUGGCUCUGGCCCACCAGAUGGAUUAUGGAAGCUAACGCUCGACAAACAGCCUCCUCCAGGUGUUAAACUUGUCUUGUUUCUUCCUGUCUGUUCAACUCAAACCGAUGGCCUGACACUCCCAUCUGCACUCUCUCCGACACUACCAGGUCCAGCUCUGCAGGUCCAGCCUCAAGCGGCCCUGGAUUUAGUGACUGGGAUUAAACAGUAUCCAGAAUGUGAAGCACCUCUGGAUUUGUCUAAGAAGUUUAACUCAUCUAAGUCUGCUAUGAGCGACAUUCCUCUCCUUCCUAUUAAAAGUGAGCCAGAAGAAUUUCUCUCAGGAGAGGCUGAUAGCACUGAAAGACAAGAAUUUCAAAACAGCGAUAGCAAAGCGAUUGUUAAAACAAAUCCAGGUGAGACAGAUACGUAUAGUGAAGUGAAGCAGUUUAAAAUGGAUCCCAUGGAUCUCUCCCCUCUCGAUGUUAAUACCUCAUCCUCUAGACUAAUAAUAGACAUUAAGGAAGAGCCUCAGUCUCUUGGUCCUGAUUUUGAAUAAUGGUCAUCCAGAUCUUGUCAGCUGAGAGAGAAAGAAAUUCAGAUGGAGGUUGACGUUUCACGCCCUUCUUAUGCUGAUAUAGGGAAAUAAACUUAACAUUUUCAACAAGGACAAAAUAAAAAAAGAGAUUAAAAUUCCAUCUGUGGUCACAUUCCCUACUGGAGGAUGUGUCCAAAUUCUGCAAAGGACACACCUUCUGUAACCAAAUAUGGAGGUGUUAUUCUACAUCCAGAACGAUAUGAUAAAGCAUUAUUAUGAAUAGACUUCUGAAGAAAUCCAGUGUCUUUCUAGCAGUCGAAUGUGUGACUUUUCAUUUAGAGUAAGCAAGAUUUUUGUUUCUUCUCUAAUUAAAAACAUUCCAAGCUCUUGCUUAUUAUGGCAUUUGUUUUAUUUGCAUUUUGGGUAAAGCUUGUAGCUUGGUCCACCGGAGCAAAGUGGUACUGUAAUAGUCAUGAAGCGUGUGCAAUAUUGUGCAGGAUUUCUCACAGCAUUAAAACAUAUUCUUGAUUUCUGGCUUUAUGUACUUGUUUUUGCAUGCGGAAAUUGAAUCCUUAGGUUUAUUAAUGUGUGUUAGGUUGAAUGAAAACACUGGAUUUCUUAGUAUUCAGCUGAAAACUUGAAAUGAUGUACGUAUUUGUGUAUAGGUACUUGACCUUUAGUACUAUGUUGAAUAUUUAAUGAAUGCAAAUAAUGGUACUGGUAAUAUGACAUUCUGUCACCUUGUGAUUUACAUUUGCUGAAUAUUUAUAGUCUGCAGGUAUCUUUUGAUGUUUUUCUAAAGACAAAUAAACAUUUGUCCUCGAUGCAAGAUCAGUUAA